GAAGAAGAAGAAGAAAUUGGGGAGGCAUUGCCCUCUGGUGGGAGCCUUUAACCAUAGACUGUAAAAAAUAACCCCCUUUAACCCCGCCCCUCACUGGUCACAUGAGACUCCGAGGCUGCAGCCUGUCCUAUCGACAGUUUGGAAGAACUUUGGAAAACUGAGAUUUAUUACCACGUAAACACUUAUUUUUCAGCAAAUGAAACUAUGUAGAGGACUGAAUGUCGGACAGUAUGCAGAAAUGACAUUUGGGAGUAGCUGGAACGGUUUUCGAGUCCAGCGGUUGAAGAAAAGCGAUCAUCAGACGAAGUUUCUGUAGGGGAAAAAAGUCUGUCUGAGUUUUGUGGGACGGGCCGUCUGGCUGGCUGGAUGCGUGUUUUCAGCGCCGAGGAGUUUGGAAAUUCAGGAAACUAACAUAACUAUUUCAUUUGAUGGUGCAGGAUAACAAAGUUUUGCCAGUUUAUCAAAUAACGAACUACACAAAACACUAUAAGAACUUUCCUAAUUCAAAUCUAUAAAAACAAAUUAAUUAAACUCCAAAGUAUAUCCGAUCUUUGUAGUCAGUUUAGGGGGUCGUCUUCCAUUUGACCCUGGACCAUUUCUCGUUUUGGAAUCAUUCGUUAUCAUUCAUAAUAAACUGUUCAGUUGUUUUAAUUGGACGCAUCAUCUCUGGAAGGCAACAUGGACGGGCGUCAGGGUCAGUGCGCGCCCCCGGUGGGGCAGCAGAUCGUGCACGUCCGCGGGGACUCCCAGACGGAUCUGGAGGCGCUGUUUAACUCCGUGAUGAACCCUAAAACCUCCGCCCUGCCUCCCUCCUCUCUGCCAAUGAGGAUGAGGAAACUACCAGACUCCUUCUUCAGACAGCCGGAUCCCCGAUCACACUCCAGACAGGCCAGUUCAGAUGGGACCAUGGUUGGGUCUCUGACUCCUCAUCAUGUGCGCGCCCACUCCUCUCCCGCCUCGCUCCCCAUCAACGCCCUUUCUGCCCCAGCAACCAGUGCCAUGGCAACACAGCCGCUCCCUGACGACAUGCCCCUCCCCCCGGGCUGGGAGAUGGCCAAGACUCCCUCAGGACAGUGCUACUUCCUCAAUCACCUGGACCAGACGACCACAUGGCAUGACCCCCGUCUCUCCCAUCUCCAGACCAACCCAGCGCCCCACCUGCUCUCUGCUCCCCCGCCACACACACACACCCUCGCACACCCUGCACCCAACACACACACCCUCGCACACCCUGCACCCAACACACACACCCUCGCACACCCUGCACCCAACACACACACCCAGAGUAACACCAGCUCCAACACAGGCCCUCUCCCAGAGGGUUGGGAACAGGCAGUGACUCCUGAAGGAGAGGUGUACUACAUCAACCACAUCACCAAGACCACGUCCUGGCUAGACCCACACCUAGUCCAGGGUGCUGUAGCCCAGGUGAAGCCCUCAACCCUGACCUCUGACCCGGUCGGCAUUGCGACAGUGGCAACCAAGCGCAGGCUGCAGGCGGAGAAGGACAGACUGAGGCGGAAACAACAGGACCUGGCCCGUCCAAUCAGAGUACAGGAUGUGGCGGUGAGGAGUGGACUGGAGCAUGAUGGGAAAAUGAGGAACAACCAUGUAGACCCCGCCCUCAACGGGGCCCACUCCCGUAACGAGAGUACUGACAGUGGUCUGAGUGUCAGCAGCUUCACCAGGACUCCUGACGACCUGCUGAACACUGUGGAACUCAUGGAUACAGGUGACUCUGGAGCAGGCCAGCCAAUGGCAUUCCUGGAGGCGGGCCCAGGGGUGUGCAUGGCUACCGAUGGGGAGGAGCUAAUGCCCAGCAUCCAGGAAGCCCUGAGCUCAGACCUCCUGAGUGACAUGGAUACUGUUCUCUGGUUAUAGACACACACUAUAUACACACACACACACACUAUAGACACACACACACCUGGCUAUAGACUACACAAUAGCAGUACAUAUUGAACUGACCUGAGCCACAGUGAACGAGGCUCAGACUCCGCCCCUCCACUUCCUCUCCUGGGUGUUACCGGUCUCCCUGGAACCUAGCUGGCCACUGUAACCCAGUAGACACUGUGGCCCUUGACGACUGGAGAUAGAGAGAUACAUGAUGUGGUACAGAGGAAUGUGUCUAGUGUUCUCCUCAUCUCUCUCUCUCUCUCUGUCUCUCUCUCUCUCUCUGUCUCUCUCUCCCUCUCUCUCUCGCUCUC